UCUUAGCGACUAAUUUAUUUUUGUAUUUUCCGGAACUAAGUUAAUCCAAGAUAUUCUAGUAGACGCGUUAGUGUAUUCCCACGUGUUGCCGGUCGGCUUGGUCCAAAAAUAAACAAACCCAGUUGGAAGACUAUUAUUAUUUACUCUUGACGGCACAUGAGUUGGAACCGGCCAUGAACGGAUCCUGGAAGGUGGUGCUGCCCGUGGGCUUUGUGCUAUACAGCCUUCCACUGUUUCUCCGCGUAAACAGCACCUCGGACUACGUAAUCGACGAGGAGUUCCACAUUCCGCAGGGCUUGGCCUUUUGUCGCAAGGAGUUUGAUGUGUGGGACCCGAAGAUAACAACGUUCCCGGGCCUGUACCUCAUCGCCCUCGUUCUCAGUCCCUUUAACUUGUGUACUGUUACGGGCCUGCGGCUGCUAAGCUUGGCAGGCGCCGGAUUCAAUAUCCUUCUGCUAUACAAGAUCCGGCGGCGCGUUCUCUCCGGCUCCGGCGGCAACUCGUACGCAGCCCAUGAAGCUAUUACGCUGUCGGUGCUCCCGCCGCUCUACUUCUUUAGUCACCUGUACUAUACGGACACCCUUUCGCUGACCAUGGUGCUGCUCUUCUAUAACUGCUGGCAGCAGGAGGCGCACCUGCCGGCGGCUGUCUUCGGGGCAGCCAGUGUACUUAUGCGCCAGACGAACAUAGUGUGGGUCUGCAUGGCCACCGGUAUAACCGUGCUGGACACGCUAGUCCAGCAAUGUGUCCGCACUCGGGCCGUGCCCAAAGACAAAAUUCGGCUCUUAGGAAAGGAGAUGUGGCUGCAACUCUUUAGUAGCCCCCAACUGCUAUGCAAUUGCAUCCUCAGCAUCUUGGCAAAGUGCUGCUUCUACGCCUCGAUUAUUCUUCCCUUUGUUGGAUUCCUCUGCAUCAAUGGAUCCAUUGUAGUCGGCGACAAGAGUGCUCACGAGGCCACCGUGCAUCUGCCACAGCUUUUCUACUUCGCUAUCUUUGCAGCUGGCUUUGGGAUAUCGAACACUAUGCGCCAGUUCAGGCCGGCAGUGGACUUAAUUCGGCGAAAUCCAGUGAGCUCGGUCAUGGCCUUGCUGGUGAUCCUGCUAGUGGUGUAUCUGAACACCGAGGUCCAUCCCUAUCUGCUGGCCGACAACAGGCAUUACACAUUCUAUGUGUGGAGCCGACUGUACGGCCGAUUUUGGUGGUUCCGCUACGCCAUGGCUCCGGUUUACCUGCUAUCGAUCUGUGUGCUUUUCUGCGGACUGCGUCACUUGCCGGACAGUUUUAAGCUGAUGUUUCCCCUUAGCCUGGUGCUUGUGCUCUGUUUCCAGCGGCUCCUAGAGCUGCGCUACUUUCUGGUGCCUUACAUCCUCUUCCGGCUUAACACGCGGCACACGCGAAAGGGCCUCGCCGAGUGGCUUGAACUGGGCGCCCAUCUGCUGCUCAAUGUGGCCACCUUCUACGUAUACUUCACAAAGGAGUUCUACUGGCAAAAUUAUCGCACUCCUCAGAGGAUCAUCUGGUAACUAUAAACAUUCCGCGUAAGCACAAAAUAAAAACGUGUCGGCAUUUUCAAUAUUGCUUUUAA